GUGUCUUCUUUAUAAUAAACAUAUAUGGAUAUCUGCUUUUGGCACCUGGGACAAAUUGCCAAACUUUAGCCAGCAGCAAUGUCUGAGGAAAAGCAGGAGGAUAUAGCCUUGAUUGGGGCCAAAUCUGAAUCUGUGACGGAGGAGUCAGAGAGAGAAAGUGUACAUAUGGCCACUAUACCAGAGAAGGAGUCCCCUGAAAAAGAUAUAAGUCUAGCAGGUUCUGUUGGUCAAGAAUAUGCAACCUCUGUGGCAGGUGCCAAAGAUUCCCCUUCACUCUCAAUGACAGCACAGAGACGUAGGCGAUUUGUUCGCCUUGAUACCACAAUAGAUAGGAAUUCACCUGAGAAUUCACCCACCUCCUCAAUGAGUCAGUCUGUAUUCGGAGGACUUUUUAAUGUUGACCCCAAAGAUGAUGGCUUUCACCAGAUAGGACGCACUGUUAUAAAUCCCCUUGGGUUCCACUCUUCUCAUACUCAGUUCACCCAGCCAAUAAAUAGCUCCAAAUCGAUAAAGACUGGAAGAUUUUUUGUGAGCCCUGCACAAAGUAUUCAAAUGCCAUUGUCCAAACGCACGCCAACAAAUAGUGAGAGUAGUGCCGCCCCGUCGACAGCACUGCCAGAGGGGCGAGAUGAACGGGAACCAUCCAUGCUGUUUGCCAUGUCAGAUAUCUCACUGGUAAGGAACCAGGAGCAGGUGUCAGAAAGACAGGACGAGACCUUAAUCAAGGAACUGGAGCAGCAGCCUCUCAUUGACAACUUCAUGGAAGUCAUACCGCUGAAUCCAGCUGAUGAGAAUGAACAACAGGGCUUUAAUUUGGAUCAAUUUAUAAGGGAGGUAGAUGAAAACCAGACAACCGUGCAUUCUCACUUCUCUGUGAACACGCAGGAUAGCGCAAUCUAUGAGCACGCACCCUUGCAGUGUGGCAAUAUACGCUUUGUCAAGGAGUCCAAUGAGCUGCCUUAUGAACCUAAGAAGCACUACAUGUGUGUUGGUAGCGACACGAACAUGCAGGACGUGACCGACUUCAUGUCCAAGUACUGGGGCAUGAGAAACCCGAAAAUUGUUCUGUCUGUGAUCUCAGCUGAGGAGCAGUACAAACCAUGGAGGAGUCAGAGGCUCAAUGAUGACUUCCAGAAAGGCAUCAUCAAGGCUGCAAACACAACUGACAUUUGGAUCAUCACAACUGGCAUUGAUGCGGGGAUACCCAAGGUGAUAGGAGAGGCAAUAAAGGAGUACAACAUAAAGCUACAGAACUCUCGUCUAAUAUACAACCAGCUGUUGACUAGCUCGGAGUUGCGCCAGCGCAGACCAAAGGUCAUAGGGAUAGUGCCCAAGGAUCUCGUGCAGUACGGAGUCUACCUGGAUGGAACGGAAGGUGUUCAGAUUCGCAAUAUCGGUCAGAAGCCCAGCGCCAAUAUAUAUGAGCUAAAUCCUGACCACACGUACUUCAUCAUCGCAGACGAGGAGAAUCAGGAUGCCAGACUCACUAGCCUGCGCUGUGCCAUUGAGAAUCAGUUCAGAAACAAGUCUGCGUGCAGGAGACACACCGUUCAGAGGCUCAUGAGCUUAGGUUCAGAUUCCGAGCAGGCAUGCUCCCAGGAGGAGACUGGGCUGCCAGAAAACCAGGAGAACUUCAUUCCCGUGGUGGGUCUACUGGUGCAGGGGGCGCCUAGCAACGUGGAUCAUAUCCUGUACUACCUGCAGAACAAGAUGCCCAUCGUUGUGCUUAAGGGCAGUGGUGGGAUAGCCGACAUCAUUGGGUAUGCAUACGAGGAACUGCAGGAGAAGGCAGAGUCAGAUCCUGACUAUGAAGAAAACUUCCUGAAGCCAGAACUUAUCAAGAUGAUCAUCCGGGCGUUUGGAUCCAACUUUUAUAACAAUGAUCUUGCCAAGUUUACGCUCCGAGACAAAAUUAUCCAGUGUGUGAAAUCAGCAAAUGAGGGAGAAGGGGACAGCACAUACAUCACCGUGGUGAACAUUAAAGGCUGGGGCUCCAGCAUGAAGGAUCUUGACAAGUACAUACUCAUGGCCCUCUUCAGAUCUGAAAAGAAGGUAGGGGUGGCUUCCCUUGACCAGCUCCAGAACAAUCUGCAGCUCAUCAUUGACUGGAACCGGCCUGACCUGGCCUUGGAGAUCUUCCAGCAAGACUUCGUCAAAGUCAGGAUUGACAAGAAGAUGUUUGAGAAGGCAUUGGUACAGAAGGACCGGGAGGAGUUUAUAGACUUGUUCCUUACCCAGGGGGUGAGGGUUCACAAGUUCCUCAACCACAAGAAGUACAAGCUGCUCUUUGAGAAGGCCGAGGACAGGGAGUUCUUCCUCAAUGUCUGCAUCGGCGCAGUGCUGGGCAUCAACAUGAUGCCAGAUCGGCCUAUAGGGGACUUGUUUUUGAAAGACAAUUUGAACCGGCUGAUAUACAAGCUGUCCUGGGUCCGUAACUUUGUUGACCCAUAUGAGUUGUCUAUGAAUGCAAAAGGGAUGAGCAGCUCAGACGGUGCAGUCGCUGAAAGAAAGGCUAUCAACUGCCUGGUGCUGUGGGCAGUGCUGAUGGGUCGGCACAAGUUGGCACAAACCCUGUGCAACCACUGUGAUGAGCCCAUAGGCGUGGCGCUCAUCUGCAGCCGUAUCUACAAGGAGCUCUCCAAGUACAACAUGGAACAGUACCAGAAGACAGAGCUCGAGGAUAAGGCCAAGGAGUUUGGGGAGAUGGCUCUGGGUGCACUGGCCAUCUGUUGGCGUGACAACAGCUCCCAGGCAUACCACAUGCUGGGCAGGCGUCUACCAGACUUCAACAACAAGACGGUUAUAGAGAUAGCCCACGACGCAGGCUACAUCCACUUCCUGGCACACCCCUGCUGUCAGAAGUGGCUCACCAAGAAGUUCCUGGGAAAUCUGCAGAUUAAGGAACUGGAUUGGGGCUUUGGAAGACUGCCAUACUGGUUCAAGAUUCUCACAAGUGUCUUCUUGAUAUUCCCGAUGUUCAUAUGGAUAACUUUUAUUCCACCAAGUCGGAAAAAAGUUCCUGGUCCUGAGGCAGAUGAAACCAAUAGUUUGCAGGAAGAUGAAGAAGAUGAUGAUGAAGAUGAGGAAAUAGUAAUCCUUACAAAAUCUACAUUUGACAAACUAAAUAAAAAGGAUAAAGCUCCGUUUGGAAACAAGUUGCGCUCUGUCCUUUCACGGAGCAAAAAGAGCAGUCAUCUCCCUUUUUAUGUGAAGUAUUACCUGCUGUGGACCGCACCCAUCACCAAGUUCUGGACCACACAGGUGUUUUACUUUGCAUUCCUGGGCGUGUUCUCCCUGGCGACCAUCUGGCCAACAUGUGGCAACCAGUACCUGGACAUGGUUGUCUGGCUUUGGGCAAUGACUAUAGAGCUGGAGCUGGUCUGGAGGGUCUACAGGAAGUACCAUCGGUACAAGACGUUGUCGCUGGUGGGUAACUAUGUAGACAUCCUGCUGAUCAUGGCAUUCCUUAUCAUCCUCCUUCUAACCAGGAUCAUGCACGUCUGGGUCGGACUAUCUGACUACAUGCAGGCAAGGACGUUCAUGUGCUAUGGGCUGAUCUACUUCUUCUAUCGUCUGCUGGGUGUGUACCUGCCCAUCAGUCCAACACUGGGCCCUAUGCUUCUGAGAAUGAGUCGAAUGGUGAAUCAUGACUUUGUAGCGUUUGUACGUAUGUUCCUGAUCUUCUUGAUCGUGGGAGGUGUGACGAUCCAGGCUGUGCUGUACCCCCACUGGCCACUGGGAGUGGAGCUGGUGAAAAGGAUCAUCACAAGACCCAUGUAUGCCAUGUUCAUUACACAGGUCGAUGAUCUAGAUGGUGCUGAGUGCUCUAAAGGGUACUCCAACUCUACUGACAUGUGCUACACAGGAGCUGGCAUGUAUUCUGCAGAUGCCAACACAAAUUUGGUUCAGGACCUGGAGAAGUGCCCCAGGACCAGUCUCUCUGGUUACGUGAUCACCCUGCAGUACCUGAUGAUCUGCAAACUGGUCCUUGUCACACUGCUCUUUGCCAUGUUCUCACUGACAAUAGCCAAGGUGGACAUAGUGGCCAGUGACAUCUGGAAGUUCCAGCGGUACGCUCUCAUUGCAGACUUCAUAGAACGCUUUAGUCUGCCUCCACCUUUCACUUUCCUCAGCAUGCUGGUCCUGAUUGCCAAGAAACUUGUCAAAUACUGCAGGAAAAAAUGUCGCCACUGUUGCGUGAGAAAGCCCAAGUUGUUGUCAAUGAAAAGUCGCAGUGGUGACAUGCAAGUAGAUGAUAAGUUGUUCUGGAAGAAGGUUGCCAGGGAGUAUAAGGCUACAGAGGAAGCAAAACUGGAAAAAGAUUCCAUCAGGACAAAACAGGGAGAUAUCCUGAUUGGCCUGCAAGAGGAUCUGAUGUCCUACAGGAAGAGCAUGAAGCGGCUCAAUGACCGCAUCAUGGAGCUGGAGAGGAUGGUCUCCACCAGCCAUGUCUGCCUGGAGGACAUAGCUCACAAGCUGGAGAAGUCAGGUACUGAAUAUACCUGGGGUAUAGGGGGUAUGAGAGAGGUCUCCACCAGCCAUGUCUGCCUGGAGGACAUAGCUCACAAGCUGGAGAAGUCAGGUACUGAAUAUACCUGGGGUAUAGGGGGUAUGAGAGAGGUCUCCACCAGCCAUGUCUGCCUGGAGGACAUAGCUCACAAGCUGGAGAAGUCAGGUACUGAAUAUACCUGGGGUAUAGGGGGUAUGAGAGAGGUCUCCACCAGCCAUGUCUGCCUGGAAGACAUAGCUCACAAGCUGGAGAAGUCAGAAGUGCAGGGCAUCACACACGUGAAGGACAGGUUCAUCCAUGUGGUGGCGCGUCAGUCACCUUACCCUUCCACUUGUAUUGCUCGCUUCCCAGUCUUCGAUAAAUAUUUACACUGGGAGACUGCAUACAGUGUCUACGACCCAAAGACCUACACUUUGGAAAAAUCCAAGUUUCCAGAUCAUGAAAGAGAUUUUGUGGAUGAAGAUAUGAUAGAGAUCAAAAAGAAGGUAGAAGGCGGGUUAGAGGAUGGAGCGCAGAUGACCCCUGUUGCUGACUUUGGUCCCAAAUGGAACACAGUGGUGACGUAUAUGGAGAGGGAUCAACGGAGGGAGAUAGACCGCAGGUCCUGGAUCACCAUGGACAACAAGCCCUUGAGAUAUGUACUUGACAGUCUCAGUCUGCCUCAGAACCCGAUGGGUCGUACAGGGCUGCGAGGCAAGGGGAUCCUGUGGCGCUGGGGUCCAAACCACAUGAUCAAGGCAGUGGUGACACGCUGGCGCAGGAAGUGUGGCCCGAACCCUGGCACAGAGUACCUGUGUGUGGAGGGCAAGCGUGUACUGGAGUUCAUCACUGUGCACAAAGACAGCUUCACUGACACCAGCUUCACACUGCCAGGGGAAAUCUUACACGGACUGAGUAAUCUGUACAGCAUCCUGUGCCACGCUUUCAUGACCCAGGUGUUCAAUGUGGAGGAGAGUGUAUCACGAUAUGACAAAUUUGAUCAGAGAGAUAUGAUCCAGUUCUUCUCCCAGUUUGCGUGUGCCCUGGCUGAUGGCUCUACUGGCCCUGUAUCUCCCCAGGACAUGCCGGUGCUUGCCCAGGUGCCAUCGCCUUCCCACAGGGCCGACCACAACUCACAUACCAACCUGCGGAGCGAGGUUGAUUCUAAGGGAUUCUGUGCCUCCAUGCUGUACACGGGCUACUUAGACGACCCCAGGAACACAGACAAUGCUUGGGUAGAAGCGGAGGUGUGGAACUUUCACUUUGAUGUGGGGGACACAUUUGAUCUAACAUUUUCACAGGAUCUCAGUGUGAACUGGAAGGAGGUGUCUCCCUAUGUGAAGAUGUAUGGAAACGAGGAUGUCAUUAUCCAGGAGGCAGCACGUAUACACGACGCCUACCACUGAUGGGGUGUGUCAUCUUAAAGAAGUCUGUAUGUAUACAAGACGCAUAUGGGUAACAUUGAUUGAUAUUUUAUGAAUACACUUUGCCUACCAAUGCUGUAGUGUGGGUUGGUAAAGCAAGCUGUAUAGAUUCAUGACGCCUUAAGAAAAAUACCUUUGGGCUGCUGGUCAGACCUUGUGAAUGAUGUUGGAGUGAUUGUCUUUAGUUUUUAUAUUUUUCAAACAAAUACUGAUUUUUGCAAUACUUGCCUUGGUUUGUGGUACAUGAAGGACACUAAAGAAGUGACAUUCUUUAGAAGGAUUAUGGCCUUGUCACUCUAACACACCUACGUGAAGUUGUAAUUUAUGUCUACAAAAAAGUGAAAGGCUGACACAGAGUGCAGAAUCAACAGGGUUUUAAGGGAUUUACACACGGGCUGGACAGAAUAUGAACACUCAGUUAAGAACUUAAUUUUGGCGAAUAUUUCAAGCUAUUGAAAUACAUCUGCAAAAAUCUACAGCGCAUAUAAGACAGUUUUUCUUGCAGAGUAAAUCCUUUAAUACA